AUGCCUGGGAUACAAGAAUCGUUUGCAGAGUAUCUCAAAAAUAAUCCGAAUAAAAAGCGUAUCCCUGCCAUUGAGAAGCGGAAUCUGGUCAGAUGGCUCAGUGAUCCGAAUGCCAAGCCCACCUGUCAGAAGGAUUACAGCCGACGCAACUACGCUCACAAGACCUACCGAUGGGACGCAACUCGUCAGAAACUCCUGGCCAAGGCUCGGAAUGGCAAGGAGAGUGACAGAAUUGUCAUCACAGUGGAGGAAAUUCUCCGAACUGUGGAGGCGGUGCACAUCAAAGACCACCUGGGGUGGGAUGCAACAUGGAGACGAGUCAGCAAGAAAUACUGCGGAAUCGUUCGACAAGACGUUAUAUGGCUCAUCGUGAGAUGUGGCAUGUGCAAGGUCGACCCUCGCAAGAAAUCAAGGGGCAGCCAUGCGAAUCAGGCCCAGGCCCAGGCCACGACCACGACCACGACCACGACCACGACCACGGCUCCUCCUGUUCUGCCACCCACGAUAACACCCCCUGCAGAUGGGCUCGAGUACAACAGCAACAAUGAUGCCACCCUUCAGGCGCAAAGUUAUCAGGACAUCUUCCAGGACGUCACUGUGGACGCCUAUCAGAACCCCUAUCUGGGUGUCUUCCCAGACGACUAUCCAGACAUCUUCCAAGAUGGUCUGAUGGAUAUCUACCCAGAAAUCCCAGAAGUCUGCCCGGAGAACUUUCCAGACGUAUCUCAGAGUGGCUUUCAGGAUCCGUUUCUGCAGGACUAUCAGGAUGGUGGGUGGCAAGGGGACCUGGUGAACAUCGAUCCCUCGCUGCUCAUGCUCGACCAGACACUCUUCCCCAACUAUGGGCAGGGUGAGUCCUCGGGCACCAACAGCUACACUUACGGUGAUGGCAACGAUCCCGGUCAAUAA